AUGAAAAAAUUCAUACCUGCUAUUGCAUUGAUCUCCGUCACUUAUGCUGAAUUAACUUUCAAUGCUAAUAAUAGAUGCACUUGUGAUGAUUUAACAACAUAAUAGGAUUGUUCAAAAUCCUAUCCAUAGUGCAUUUGGGACGAAUAAGGCAGUUCUUGUUCAACUGUAACUUGUUCAUCCCUUAUUGAUCAAACAAAUUGUGCCUUAAAUGAGAAAUGUAUGUGGAGUGGCAAAGGAUGUGUUGAAUUUACAUUUUGCAAUUAAUUAAAAGGAUACAGUUAAAGAGACUGCUUUAAAUAAUCAAUCAACUGUCCAUAAUCAGAUGGUAAGAUCUGCGCUGGCUCUCAAGCCUUAAAAUCUUGUUCCUCCUAUUCAGAUCAAGAAACCUGUGAUAAAACAAUUUCUUCCAGUGGAAUUUGCGAUUGGAGCGAUAGUGGAUGUUCAUCAAUCACAAGUUGUGGCCAAUUGAAUUCAAAAAACUGUUUUAGGGGUGGAGAUGCAUGCAUAUGGAAUAUUACCUCCAAUACUUGUACAGAAGACAGUUGUAAUUAGUUUCAAAGCAAAUCUACUUGCAAAUACUAUCAAACCUAACUUGAUGAAUUAGUCUUUUAAUUGUGCGAAUGGGAUGCUACCAAUAGUAAAUGCAAUGAUGCCAAUGACACAUCUGCACUCACCGAAAAUACUUGUUACAAUCAAACCCUAUACACUCACAGAUGGUCAAGCAGUUCAAACUCAUGCUAGGCUUGUGAAGGUAAAAUAAUUUAUAUGGUAAUCAUGGCCAUUUUAAUCAUUAUGAUUUGA